AUGAGUUGGUUAUGGGGCAAUGAGACGACGGAGCAGGCGCAAUUUGUAGUAAGUGCAUUGCAAAGCGAAUUAGAUGAGCGGGAGAGUAAGAUCAAGGCACUGGAGGUGGCUCUAAAGCGUGAGCAGCAGGACAUGACGUCGAUGCUGGAAGACGAGGUAAAGGAGCUGGAAAUGCGACGGAAAAGGAUUGAGAAAGAGCUGCAAAAAGAAGAAGAAGACGAAGAAAAAAAGAUUCAGACGUCUGAGACCCCUUCUCCACGUACUGCCGUGGGAGAGACGUCAACACCUUGUACUGAAAAUAUAAUGGAAAAUAUUAUGUCGCCCAAGACGAAGCAGAAACAGCUGAAAACGAAGAAAACAGCUGUUGAGACAAGUGUUGCUGAAGCAGAUGGAAAAGACUCCAAGGUGGUGCUGUAUAUGGACAAGAAAUUGGAAAUAGUGGCAAAAGAGGAACCUAAUGUGGCAUUUAUUAUUCAACGAAGCAAUAAUUCGAAUACCGUGGUGUAUGCGGGAUGCAAGUCGGCGGAUGGCAAAUUUCUGGACCCGACAAACCCGAUGAAGGUGUAUUGGAUCAUGUACGAGAAGGAAGGCCACCCACGUGAAGAUCUUAACAUGAUUGAGCGUAACACAGCUUAUGGUGUUACGUCCAAGCCGUCGGAUGUGCCGGGUGAGCACAUGGUGGCUAUUGCUUCGCUGCGUGAUCGUGAUUGUAUUCUGCGUCUGGAUAAGCACGGAAAUGUGAUGGCAUUGACUACUAUUGAUGGCAAGAAGGGUAUGCUGCUGCGACGUGUGUUUGUGCAAAUGACGACGAGCUGGGGCAUCCCGACAGUGAACUAUGUUGACAUCUUUGGCGUGGAUCCAGAAACGUUUGAACUCGUGUACGAGAAGAAGAAAAUUAAUUAG